CCUGCCCAUUGCUAUACAUUCAUGGACACAGCCAAGUAGCCGUAGAGCUGUAGCAGCGUUCGUUUCGUCCUAUCUCACACACGUCAUGUCGCCUCUCGCACCGCCAGCAACAACGAAGAGAACGCGCCGGUCUCACAGGCGAUCUCGCAAUGGCUGCGCAGAGUGUAAACGUCGCCAUAUUCGCUGCGACGAGCGCAAGCCCGUAUGCGCCAAUUGCGAGAAUGCAGAGCGGCCAUGCUGCUUCCCUGCACUCGAGGCGGCGGUCGAUGCAGACAGCAAUGAGUCACGACAAACGUCGAGAUCGCAAACGACAGAAAGCACAAACAUCAUUCCAACUAUCAACAGCACCACCAACAACUCUUACAAUGCUAUAUGGUCCGCUGCCCCAAGUCUCGCCUUUAAUGCCCAACACAUGGCACUACUUCACCACGCGUCCUCCGUCCCAAGUUUUCAGGGACCGAAUCGUCCCGCGCUAGACAUUGCCGUGCGCCGCGCCGUCGACUGUCCGUAUCUACUAGACCAAGUACUCGCCCUGACUGCCUUUGACUUGAUACACAACGCCGACGCCGGAGCGUCGCUCAAUCUCCGACGCCUCGCGACAGAGCUACAAACCAGAGCCCUUGCAUCCUUUACCAGCCUCUCAGAUGCCCUCGCAGUAGAUGAUACCGCCACAGCUGUCCCGCGCUUUCUCUUCUCAGGCAUCCUAGGCCGACAUAUGCUCGCCGACACGUUGAUAUACGGCCAGACCGACUUCCGCGGCUUCAUGGACAGCUUGAUCAACUGCCUGAACCUGAACCGCGGCAUCACGACUGUGACGCCUCCUGCGAGAUACUACUUGCGUGAGUCAGAGAUUGGGCCGAUGAUCAACGUUUUUGUCGAUGCUGAGAUGGAGAUCAGCUCAGAGCCGCCAGGGAGUGAGUGCGAUCCUCUAUGCUCUAUAGUGGACGGCGCAGGCUUUGACCAGAAAACCACCCAGAUAUACCGCCAGGCUGUGGGUUGUUUGCAACGCUCCUUUGACUUUUGCCGACACCUAGGCGAAGAGCAGUAUCCUCAGGUGGCGGCUGUCUUUGCUGUUGGCGUAGAUGCUGGCUUUGUGGACGAGCUACGCAAGUGUCGGCCCGAGGCGCUUGCCGUCUUGGCCUACUUUGGCGUGCUAUUGUCGCGGUGUCAGCGCUUUUGGGCAUUUUGCGAUGCUGCCCCGAAGAUGGUUCGCGCCAUUGCGAAGUAUCUCGGGGAGUAUUGGAAGGAUGUGCUCUCGUGGCCCCUCCAAGCUGUCGAGGCCGCCUGAUAUAUUCCUACUCCUAGACCACCUCGCCAGCAAAACAUGAUGAAUAAUGAAUGAGAAUAAAAUCUAUUUAGUCGACUUCAAUCCACUAUAAUCCGGGUUCAAGUCUUCCAUCUACACCAUUCGUGCUUGUUACUGGCUGCCCCACGCGCCUUUGACAGUUCGGCUGAUCUUGAAGCCACCCGGAACCCGGUGCUGGAAAAAGCCAUGGGGAUCAAACUUGUGCGCAACCUUGCGAAUGUGCUCCGUAUUGUUCACGCCAUAGCUACUCAGAGGAUCCUGCGAGGCGUCUGCGUAGGGCAGAUACACAAAGCGAUCGAGGGCCCCAAUUGAAGCAGCAUACGCCUUGAUUCGCUGGUUGGCAGCAGCAGCAAGCUGGUAGAUCCGAGCGACGUCCCUCUUGCUGUGCUGUCCCUCGAAGAGAAUAGCUCCGAAAGCCGCGAGGAUCCUGCUGCGAUUGCAAGUAUCGAGUCCUAGCAUGUUGCCACCCUUGUGUGCGCCAUAGGUUGCAGCGUUGGUGGAAAUUGGCUGCAGGUCAAAGAUUGUACUAAAGUUACUUGCGUCCACUGCCUUUGCAAUGUCCUGCACAAAGCGGUCAUACUGGCUUACGAUAUACUUUAGCACUUUAGCCUCGUUGAUAACGGUUAUAGGCCCGGCACCGACAGUCCUAAUAUUAUCCAGUUAGCAUUGUCCAUAAACCACAGAUUUGCAUUGGACAAGGUACUUACAGCAUGUCGUCAGUCAGCGCAGAGCUAUGCGAGGAGGCAGCGAGCGUCAUGGACUUUGGCUCGACGGAUUCCCGCACCGUGGGAAUACGGUUUACCGUAUCAAAUGCCUCCGUACUAGCGUUGUUGGCUGUGUUGACCUCCGUGAUAGUAAUCGUAGUGGCGUUAGCUGCAGGAUUAUAGUUGAACGCAGUCAGCAGGUAGUUAUCCGCAAAUGACGCAUCUCGGUCUGUGAACUCCACAAUCGCAUCGAUCACUUCGUCCACAUGAUCCAUACUGACGGUUCUCGUCGCCUUGAUUACAUUCACCGCUGGGAACGCCUCGAUAUCGAACCUUGUAACGAUGCCAAAGUUGGCGCCGCCACCCUUCAGUGCGCGCCACAGGUCCGAGUGGGACGACCGGUUCGCUUGGAUGAUGGACCCGUCUGCCAGUACGACCUCGUAGUUGACGACGCUGUCGCACGCAAAUCCUCUCUUAGGGGUAUACCACGAGACCCCGCCGCCUAGGAUGAGACCACCGACACCCACAACGCCCUCGCGGCCUCCGACAACACUGACACCGUGCUGGAGCAGGUCGCCGUAGACUUGGCCCCAGCGGGCGCCUGUGCCGAUACUCGCAAUGUUAGUUGUCGCGUCGUAGGUUGAGGUGUUGAGCAUCGUCAGGUCAAUGGUGACGCCAGUGUCGAUGUUAUUGCAGUUGUGUGUGCCGUGGCCACCACUGCGCAACGCAAUGUGCCAGUCGCCUGCGCCGCCGCCGGCCUUGUUAAGAAUCGAGAGGGUACGCGAGACUUCCUCCGUUGAGCUAGGCUGUACGAAGCAGAAGGGGCUCUUGCGAGUCGAGGGUGCCCAUGAGCCGUUGACGAGGCUGGGAUACUGAGCAUGCUCCGUAAAGAAUCGACGAAGAAGUAUACAUACUGGGGGAUAUCCAGAUGUAAUGUUUGCAGCGGUUUGAGCGUGAGCGCCAGUGGGUUGCAGCAAGAGGAGCAGCGUAGCAGCGAAGUGAAGAUUGAGGGCCAUGGCUUUAAAAGAGGGAGGUGUAGAAUGGAGUACUGUGACGUGUGUCUGUCUUUUUUCUGAUAAUAGUUAUUUUGGAUAGCAAUGAGCCG